AUGGCUCCAAUCGCCCUCUCCCCCGAGCGGGAGGACAGCGCGAGCAGCCUGGCCUCCCUGACGGCCAAGUUCGAUGACGAGAUACGCUUCUACCUUAACGGCACCAACGUUGUGCUGGACCAGGUCGACCCAGAAGUUACAGUUCUCGAAUACCUCCGCGGCGUCGGACUGACGGGGACGAAACUCGGCUGCGGUGAAGGCGGCUGCGGUGCCUGCACCAUCGUCGUCAGCCAGUACAACCCCACCACCAACAAGAUCUACCACGCCAGCGUCAACGCGUGCCUGGCACCGUUGGCGAGCCUCGACGGGAAACACGUCAUCACCAUCGAGGGCAUCGGGAACACCAAGAGGCCGCAUGCCACGCAGGAGCGCAUCGCGCGCUCCAACGGGAGCCAGUGCGGCUUCUGCACUCCCGGCAUCGUCAUGAGCCUGUACGCCCUGCUGCGGAACAACACGGCACCGACAAAGGACGAGAUCGAGGAGGCCUUUGACGGCAACCUGUGCCGCUGCACCGGGUACAGACCCAUUCUAGAUGCGGCGCAGACAUUCAGCGCAGACGCCGGCUGCGGAAAGGCCGGUGGGGGGUGCUGCAUGGACGGCAAGAAGGAUGGCAAGGCAGGUGGCGGCGGCGGUGGAUGCUGCAUGGAUAAAAAGGUCGAGGAGAAUGGCAACGAUAUCAAACGCUUCACGCCGCCGGGCUUCAUCGAGUACAAUCCCGACACGGAGCUGAUCUUCCCGCCGGCCCUCAAGAAGCAUGAGCUCAGGCCGCUGGCCUUUGGCAACAAGCGCAAGAAGUGGUACCGGCCCGUGACGCUAGAGCAGCUCCUGCAGAUCAAGAGCGUGUACCCGCAGGCCAAGGUCAUCGGCGGCAGCACGGAGACGCAGAUCGAGAUCAAGUUCAAGGCUCUGCAGUACCCCGUGUCCGUGUACGUCGGGGACAUUGCGGAGCUGCGCCGGUUCGCCUUCCACGACGACCACAUCGAGGUGGGCGGCAACGUCGUGCUGACGGACCUGGAGCACAUAUGCGAGCAGGCUGUCGAACAUUACGGCCCCGAGCGCGGCCAGGUGUUUCAGGGGAUGCUGAAGCAGCUCAAGUACUUCGCGGGGAGGCAGAUCCGCAACGUCGGCACGCCCGCGGGCAACCUGGUGACCGCCUCGCCCAUCUCGGACCUGAACCCGGUCCUGUGGGCGGCCGACAGCGUGCUCGUGGCCCGGUCGGCCGCGGCCGGAGAGACCGAGAUCCCCAUGUGCCAGUUCUUCACGGGGUACCGUCGGACGGCGCUGGCGCAGGACGCCGUCAUCGCGUCCAUCCGCGUGCCCGUGACCGCCGAGGGCGAGUUCUUCCGGGCCUACAAGCAAGCCAAGCGGAAGGACGACGACAUCGCCAUCGUCACGGGGGCGCUGCGCGUCAGGCUCGGAAAGGAUGGCCUCGUCACCGGGUGCAACCUCAUCUACGGCGGCAUGGCGGCCACCACGACGUCGGCCAAGCUCACCAUGCAGUAUCUCGUGGGCAAGAAGUUCGCCGAGCUCGAGACGCUCGAGGGCGCCAUGAGUGCUCUGGAGAGGGACUUUGACAUGCCGUACAACGUCCCGGGGGGCAUGGCGUCGUACCGCAAGGCCCUGGCCUUCGGCUUCUUCUACCGCUUCUACCACGACGUCCUCGGCUUUUUGGACGCCAGCGCUGCGCAUGCUGACGGGCAGGCCGUUCCCGAGGUGGAGCGUGAAAUCUCCCACGGCAUGCUGGACAACGAAACAGCCGAGGCGUAUGAGAAGGAGGUGACGGGCAAGUCGAACCCGCACCUGUCGGCUCUGAAGCAGACGACGGGCGAGGCCCAGUACACGGACGACAUUCCGCCGCUCAAGAACGAGCUGCAUGCCGCCUACGUCCUGUCGUCGCGCCCGCGUGCCAAGAUCCUGUCAGUCGACUACUCGGCCGCGCUGGCCAUGCCAGGCGUCGUCGACACGCUCGACAAGUCCGACAUGCCUUCCAAGGAAGCCAACAAGUUCAGCCCCCCGCAGUUUGACGAGGUCUUCCUCGCCGAUGGGGAGGUCUACACCGCGGGGCAGCCCAUCGCCAUGAUCCUCGCCACGUCGGCCCAUCGUGCCGCAGAGGCUGCACGCGCCGUCAAGGUAGAAUACGAGGAUCUACCCGCCAUCCUGACCAUAGAGGAGGCCAUCGAGCAGGAGAGCUUCCACGGCACGUAUCGCGAGAUCAAGAACGGGAACGUAAAGGAGGCAUUUGCCAAGUGUGACCACGUCUUCACCGGGACGGUACGUAUGGGUGGACAGGAGCAUUUCUACCUCGAGACGAAUGCUUGUGUUGUCGUGCCCAAACAUGAGGACGGCGAGAUGGAGAUUUUCUCGAGCACACAGAACGCUAACGAGACGCAAAUGUUUGCGGCGAGGGUGUGCGAGGUGCACAGCAACAAGAUCAAUGUGCGCGUCAAGAGGAUCGGCGGCGGCUUUGGAGGCAAGGAGACACGAUCGGUGCUCCUCAGCUCCGUGCUGGCCCUGGCAUCCAAGAAGACGGGACGGCCUGUGCGGUGCAUGCUGACGCGCGAGGAGGACAUGGUUCUCAUGGGCCAGAGGCACCCGUUCCUCGCCAAAUACAAGGUCGGCGUGAACCGUGACGGCAAGCUCCAGGCGCUGGAGGUGGACAUUUACAACAACGCCGGGUGGUCGACCGACCUGAGCGUGGCGGUGGUGGAGCGGGCCAUGACGCAUGUGGAUGGGUGCUACAGGAUUCCAAACAUGUAUGUCCGGGGAUGGGUGUGCAAGACCAACACCAUGUCCAACACGGCGUUCCGGGGGUUCGGCGGCCCGCAAGGCAUCUUCAUCGCGGAGACGUGCAUGGAGGAGGUGGCGGACCGGCUGGGGAUGGCGGUCGAGAAGCUGCGCGACAUCAACAUGUACAGGAGGCACGAGACGACGCACUUCAACCAGCCCAUCGUAGACUGGCACGUGCCGCUCAUGUACGGGCAGAUCCAGCAGGAGUGCGACUACGCGCGGCGCAAGGAGAAGGUGGCCGAGUUCAACGCGGGCAACAAGUGGCGGCGGAGGGGGAUGGCGCUGAUCCCCACCAAGUUCGGCAUCUCGUUCACGGCCCUCUUCAUGAACCAGGCCGGGGCGCUGGUGCACAUCUACCACGACGGCAGCGUGCUGGUGGCGCACGGCGGCGUCGAGAUGGGACAGGGCCUGCACACCAAGAUGACCAUGGUGGCCGCGCAGGCGCUGGGCGUCCCGCUGGACAGCGUCUUCAUCUCGGAGACGGCGACCAACACGGUGGCGAACGCGUCCCCGACGGCGGCGUCGGCCUCGUCCGACCUGAACGGGUACGCCAUCUUCAACGCCUGCCAGGAGCUCAACGGGCGGCUGGCCCCCUACCGCGAGAAGCUCGGCCCGGGCGCCAGCAUGGCGGAGCUCGCCCACGCGGCCUACUUUGACCGCGUCAACCUGUCGGCCCAGGGCUUCUACAAGACGCCCGAGAUUGGCUACGUGUGGGGCGAGAACCGGGGCAAGAUGUUCUUCUACUUCACGCAGGGCGUGUCCGCGGCAGAGGUCGAGGUCGACCUCCUCACGGGGUCGUGGACGUGCCUCCGCGCCGACGUCAAGAUGGACAUCGGCCAGUCCAUCAACCCGGCCGUCGACUACGGGCAGAUCCAGGGCGCCUUCGUCCAGGGCGUGGGCCUCUUCACCAUGGAGGAGUCGCUGUGGCUGCGCGGCGGGCCCAUGGCCGGCAACCUCUUCACCCGCGGGCCGGGGGCGUACAAGAUCCCCGGAUUCCGGGACAUCCCCCAGGAAUUCAACGUCACCCUGCUCAAGGGCGUCGAGUGGGAGGAGCUGCGCACCAUCCAGCGAAGCAGGGGUGUCGGCGAGCCACCGCUCUUCAUGGGCAGCGUCGUCUUCUUCGCCAUCCGCGAUGCCAUCCGGUCGGCGCGUCGCACUGCGGGCAUCGAGGGGACCGGUGCGGAUGAUCUCCUCAGGCUCGAGAGCCCUGCUACGGCCGAGAGGAUCCGUCUAGCUUGCGAUGACGAGAUCAUGAAGAGGGCUAGGGUGACGCCCAAGGAGGGCGAGAAGAAUUUCUUCGUGUGUAUCUGA